AUAAUAUCAUGGAUCUAGGGAUGGGAAGCGAGAAGACAAGCUCUGAGAUACAGUAUGGAUCCAGCUUCCAGUCCAACCGCAGCGGGCAAACUGUCACAUAUCUUGGGAAGUUUGCCUUUGACACUCCUCCUUCAGGUGGCAUCGGGGGCUCCGGCUGGUGCCCCGACAACAACAUCAAAAGUCUUGUCAGUGCGGGCAUCCUGGGGGUUUCUCCUUCACCUGGCACGGUUACAACGCAAACGCCAUCCUCUGGAGCAAACAUGGGUGGACAGACGUCAGACAUGGAGCAGGUAUACGGUCCUCCGCUCCCUGCCUACUCCACCUGCAGCGACCUAUACCAGCAUCAGGUCUCCUUCCACCACAGCCCGGCCACCAGCACAGCUCUUGCCUACCCUGGAAAGGAAUAUCACUCCACAUCCAAAGCCCCCAUGGAUAGCAGCCUUUUUUCUAUGAUCCCCGACUACAACCUUUUCCAUCACCAAGGAGAGGUUGGUGUCAUGGAGCACAAGCCCUUCCAGACCAUGGACCCUAUCAGAGUCAACCCUCCACCC